AUGUUUGUCCCAGGAAAAAACAUGCUGGCUUACCUUGGAUGUUUACCAUCUCUUGUCAGAAUCCCUGCUGGUGGAUCACUGACAGCUGUCCAAUGGCUAUUGAUGGCUGUGGUAGUUGCCCUAUUGCGGUCUAUUCCUCAAAUAUGGCAUGACUACAUGCUUGACCCAGCAGCUGCGAGAAGGCAGUGUGAGGCUGCAAAUAAAGCACACAUCAACAAGAAGUACUGCCAGGAGCUUGUUGUGGUGGCACAAGCUGUGCAUAUGGACGAUCGAGAUACUGUUCAGGCUCUUGCUCGUGAUCUUGAGGAACACCACAAGAAUGCCUCCAAACAUUGA